GAUUGCAUUUAAAACGCAUCAAUAAUCAUUUAAUACGUUGCUAUUUCUAAAGUAAUCUUAAUAGCAACCUUGUAACGUAUUUCAGCUGCGAGGUAAGAAAAAUAUAAGAAACGAGCUGCACAUUUAUUUUUCAGAGAACGUAACUAAAUCCCUCUGAGGCCCGUACCUUGUGGAACCACUUGCAACCCUCAGUCGUUAAACCGCAAUUUCAGAAUCUCGGCUUUAUCUCCUGGCUCUACACACGAAUUCUUAUAAAUGUGUUUUGGUUCUGGCUUAUGAGUUUAGGCGAAGGGAAAGGAGGGAGAACUGUCAACAUUAAAUUAGGACUUGAUAUUAUUCCAAGAACCAAUGGAAAUCCUUCAUUGCGAAUACGAGAAUUUAAAGGUCCGAAAAUUGACAGCUUGAGAAAAUUUGGAAACAAAAUUAACAACUCCCAGAUAUCAAUAAGAGCCGAUUCUACGUCUGUUGAAUCUGAUGACAAUAAAGAAGCUGAUAAAGACGAGAAAUUAGCUGAUGAAUCAGAUAAUAUUGAUGGUGUGGCUGAGAGUUCUGACUCUGAAGAUAGAGCGCAUAGAAGCACUAAGGGUAUAAAUCCUGAAGAAUUUGAGCCAGAACGAAUACCUACAGGAAUUCAUGGCCGAGGAAGAGAGUCGGACAGUGAUUCGGAUGGAAAAUGAAACAAUUGAAUUAAAUAA